AUGAUUCAAGAAACAAUGAAAGUAGCCCAGAACAGACAAAAGAGCUAUGCCGAUAACCGACGUAAGAGUCUGGAGUUUGCAGUAGGAGAUUGGAUAUACUUCAAAGUAUCACCCAUGAAAGGAGUCGUACAUUUCGGUAAAAAGGAAAAGUUAAGUCCCCGAUACGUAGGACGCUAUGAGAUAAUCGAAAGAGUCGGUCCAGUAGCUUAUAGAUUGGAUCUGCCAAUGGAGAUGCCGGGAAUACAUAAUGUAUUUCAUGUGUCAACCAUGAAGAUGUGCUUCGGAGAAAGACGACUAGUAGUUUUGGAGCCCGACGAGAUUCAGCUUCAACCUAACUUGUCUUAUACAGAAUGGCCAGUGCAGAUCGUGGAUCGCAAGGAACAAGAGUUGAGGAAUUGA